UCUUAGAGAACUACAACAUUAACAAUAAGGAAGGUGUGUGCGCUGUGCUGAGCAGAGCUGACUGUAUGUUGCUUCGUGUUUCGAUCAAUAUUCAUAAAUAUUCGAUCAAUUGAAUCUGCCUACGUGUUAGAGCGGAACAAAGUGACUAGACAUAUUUAAAUUUAAAGGCAUUUUACAGUUUUUUUUAGAUCAGUCGACUAUUAACGGCGAAAUAAUGGCCCAUCAUCACCGACAAGAGAACCGUGCGUUACGGCAAGAGGCCAGACAGGAGAGGAAAGAAGAAAGACUGCAUGACAGAGCAACCAAUCAGCUACUCAAAGGCAACAUUGGCAGAGCAAUGCGUCUUGAGAACAAAGCCAACCAGGCUCAUCAUCGCGGAGUAGCGGCAGGAGCAAGGGCCGACGCCCAUCAUGCUGCAGGCCAUCAUCAUGGCCCCGGCCACCACCAUGGCCACCCUCACCACCCUCACCAUCCCCCCCACUUCGGCGGAGGUCCUCAUGUGACAGUGAUCCAUCAACAUGCGCCUCCUGCCGCUCCACCUGUCAAUUACCCCACAGGGACCCAUGCUCCACCCCCAGCAACCAACCCAGGAUACCCAUCCGCUGCCCCAGGGUAUGCUCCGGCUCCUGGCUACCCAGCAGCUCCUGCACCAGGCUACCCACCAGCUCAGGCUCCUGGUUAUCCUGGGGCUCCAGCUCCUGCUCCAGGCUACCCUGCAGCACCUGCAUAUGGAUACCCCCCAGCUCCUGCUCAAGGUGGUUAUCCUCCAACUCCAGCCCCUGGAGCCUACCCACCCACUCAGGGGUACCCAGGAGCAGCGCCUCCAGCUUAUCCUACUGGUGGCAGUGCAUACCCUAAUCCCUACGCCAAGUAAGUUUGAAACAUCCAACUGGAGCGGGACAAUUCUCAUUUUGCGCUACCUGGUAUUCCAUUGUAGAUCAAUGGUCCUACACACAAAUUCGGAAAGAAAGGGUAAAGCGAAGGGGCUAAUAUAAUCUUUUACAACAAAAGAGGCUAAUAUGAACUUUUACAACAAAAGAGACUAACUGGUAUCGUUGUGUGAUGCUGAAUUUUUUAAAAUCUUUCUAGACGCUGCAUUCCAAAUACUUUAGUCAAAUAGGCUGCGGUAUUUUUUUGUAGAAUGUCGAAAAUAUGCACAAAAGAGUAGUCAUAAGGAUAGAUUACAGGAGUGGAAAGGGGAUUAAGAAAUAAGAGAAGACAAAGGUUCAUACCCCCCUCUCAACCCUCAUGUACUGAAUGGCAUGUUAAAGAAAGGAAAAUGGAGUACUCUAUAUUGCAGUUUAGUUGAUAAAGCAGUGGUAGCUGUUACAAUGACGUUGUAUUUUCUGCAUCAUCAUUAUUAGUGAAACAUAGAAGUGUAAGUGGUGACAAAAGAAAGGUAACACAAGGGUGUAACAGAAAUAAUAGGAAAUGUAACUGGGGAUACAUGAAAGGAAUAAGAAAUGGUCACAAAAAGAGUUGUAUACAAAUAAUGAAUUAUAUUCCUAUGGCUUUAACAACAUUGUUUAUUUUUCUUUAUAUUCUUGAAACAUUAUUCUUUAAACAAAAAAAAGAGUGAAUGAAUUGUACUUAUAUAGCCUAUACCUUGUUUUUAACCCGUUCUCGUACGUACAUUGAAUUCGCUGCGUCUGUCUUUGAUGGUAAAACUAAUCUUCAUCAUACUGGCUGAAACCGAAAAAAGAUAGAGACUCAUUGUUGGUAAAAACAAAAACACAGAAAUUGAAAGUUUUACUAUAAAUAAUGUUUGUACGUGUAUGUGGAUUGUUUGUGAUAAUCUGCUCAAUUCUUUACAAUGUACAGUUGCAGCAUACUUUUGCAUGGAUACAGUUAUUGUGGAUAGUUUGCAGCUUACUGUGGCCACUGGCCAGGUCUACUGCGACAUAACACAAUUUUGGUAGCCAAAUUAUCCAAGAUUGUAGUACUCAGGGGUGAUAGUGAGCACUAAAAAAAAA